UAUAAAAAGCUCUAAAUUCAUAUUUUGAUAUUAAAAUUGCAUAUUUUCGCAUCUAGCAACACUAGCUUUUUGGCGCAUGCGCGUCCUUUGGAUCUUCCUUCGUGCAUUUUCAAGCUGCAUUUUUCUCUCGUCGUUCGCUGGUGACCGUUGUUGCUCUGCAGGAAACCAUUUUGUGGGUGAAUCAAAGCCAAGAAAACUGGAGUUGCGGCUCAAAAACACGACAACAAGACGCGCAAGGCCCCAGGUGCAGCUGGGAUAGUUGAAAAUACAAGGAAAGUGCGGCGGAAAAGCCGAAAACACGGACCAACAACGCCGCUGAAAAGUGGGAAAAAAAGGCUACCGAGUACCGAGUACCGAGUGGUGGAGUGAGUGGGAGCUGGAAAGAGCCCGCAAGUGGUGGGUGUUGUGCACUGGUGUGUGUGCGUUGCUCCAAAUUCGCGGCGUCGGCGCAGGAACUCGAUGGGGCUCUUUCUCUCUUGGCGAACGGAACAGGAUAUUUUAUUAUACUGAAAUUCGUACGCAGGAAAUUCGCAUAGUUGUGAAAGCUUCGUGCUGGCACACGGACGCAGUUCGCAUUCCGUUGCUGGGCUCCUCGCACCCGCACCCGCACUCACCCGCGCGCACUCACACACUCGUCCCCCAUCGGCGAUACUCGGCCGAAAAUCAAUUUAGGCAAGAUAAGCGCCUGGCGCUCCACAGUGGCAGCUUUUCCGUCGAAACAUGCUGAAGUUAACUCAUAAAUUGCGCAAAAAAACCCGCAGCAAAAAAGUGACUGCUGCGGUGGACACAAAUUUGUGAAACGCAACGGGCAUCGGGCAACGGGCAACGAAACGCAACGAACGCGAGGAGAGAGGCAGCGCAGAAGAGGAUGCGAGGAUGUACUUUCAAGUCAAUGACCACCGAACCAGCAAUUUAUCAGCUUCAACGACCACAACGUAGCUCCAACAACCAGCCAGCCUCGCAUCUCGCCAUUUGGGCAUUUGUGCAUUUACAGUUAUCUCACUGCCGCAGCAUCAGCGGAAAGUAGUCCCGAAUCGGAGCCACAACUAUUCAGUAUACGAGCAGGCCAGAGCCACCGCACUGCAAAGAGCGGAGCACUUGCGGUCCAGAGAGCGAGAGAACGAGUGCAUCCUCCACACUACAGCGGCACACUUACGACUUCUCCUCCACCGUCUAAUCGGCUCCUGCUCCUGCACUUCUGCUCCCGCUGUCAUCCAGUGGCUGUCAUCCGCAAUUUGUGAUCUCAUGUUUUCAUAACUCGGGCGGCCGCUGGCACGGAUUAGGAAGAACGUCAACGUCGGGCGCCCUGUUCCUGCUCCAACUGCAGGAACUCACAACGAGCAACGAAUAAAUCGAACUUGCAUUUUUAUAUCGUAUUUUUGUAAGAAACCAAAUCGGAACGUGUUCAGCAUUCAGCCAAUGCCAUCGAAUCCAACUCGGUUUGGAAGAGAAGUCAACCGAGCGGGCAAUUAACAGAGUUGCCUUCAAACGAACCCCCACCACCCCACAGGCGGAACGCAGAAGGAUAUUCCCCAAUCGGAUCCCCACUAAUAAAUGCAGUGGAAGAAGAAGUUUACUCGAUUAAAAGCGGCUACUGGAAAUUCGCGUGUGCGAAGAAUGCUUUGUUGUGGACGUAGAAAGGAGAAUGGAAGAUCAGUUCCUGAUGUCACUGCCAGUCCGGGUAGAGCACCUCCAGGCCCGCUGCCAGCCAAUCAGCUAUCCUCGCUGGGCAACCAACAGCCGCACCAUGGGAACCAGCAGCACCACGGGAACCAUGCGAACCAGCAGCACCACGGCAACCACCGCGGCCAUAGCGGCAGUCUGUCAAAUGCGGUGGGCGCCAAGGAUCCAGUGCUGUUGCAAGGCGACUUCCGCAAGGUCAGCGGCAUCAGCUCGGAGAUCUUUCGGCAGAUAGAGGCCGUGGAGAAUGACCACGAUCCUAAUACGGCGGCGGCCCUCGAAGCGGUGGAGAGGCGCGGAGAGAUGAUUGUGCGCAUUCUAGAGCCCCGGUGCAUGGGCAGCAAGCCGGCGGUGGACGCAGCCCACAAACUGAUGAACAAGGCCGAUGGGCGGCAUACGGUGCAACUGGUGGAAAUCGUCAAGCGCCCCGGCCAGACACUGGGUCUGUACAUCCGCGAAGGGAAUGGAGCCGACCGCACCGAUGGCGUUUUCAUCUCCCGGAUCGCUUUAGAGUCUGCCGUUUACAACAGCGGCUGUCUGAGGGUGGGUGAUGAAAUCUUGGCGGUUAACCUGGUGGACGUCACCCACAUGUCCCUGGACGAUGUCGUUAUCAUCAUGUCAAUUCCACGACGACUGGUGCUGGCCAUUCGCCAGAGGCGUGGCAACCGAGGCACUGGCUCCCCGGGACCUCCAACUCUUUCCAGGCCCGAGCAAAAGCCGCCACCGGUAGUGGUAAUCAAGCGUGAUCUGCGCGACGAGGAUCUGGACGAAACUGAUCGGAUGCCAAGGCCGCGAUCAUCACGUGAUAGACGUACAGGGGACGGCCGCGAGAUGACGGAGUCCAGAUCCCGCUUGGGUCUGGGUCUGAACAACUACAGUCCACAGUCGGAGCAGCUGGACAUGUACUACAAUACAAGAGGAGGUGCCGGCGGAGGAGGGCCUAUGGGAGAGCCUCCUAACUGGGGAUACAAACCACCACCCCCUCCAUCAUCCGUGAUUACGGAGCAGCCCACAAAAGGACACGCCUUUGCGCCAUCUCAUGCCUACUACCAAAAUGCGGGAACUCUAGAGAGUUUAGCAGAGAAGGUGCACGCAUUUUACCCAGGAGCACCCGGUGGACCACCUGUAGGGCCCUCUCGGCGAAUGUCCACUGGCACCGGCAACGUGGGUCUGGCCCAACAGCACGCUAGGUUUCCUCGAUCGGGCUCGGACCAGCACCUCCCCCGCGUUGAAUAUGCAGAUUACUCGAACUCUCUGGGCCGCCACUCUUUGCUCCGUUCCAGCUUAAAGCCAGGAACGGCUGGAGGAGCUCCUCUUCCAGUGGGCGUAGGUGGCACACUAGGGCGCUAUGGCCGCUACGAUCAGCAGAGGAGCGGCGGCGUCUCCAAGUACGGUCCGCCGGCUGCAGGAGCCCAGUCUCUGACUCGCCGUUCCAGGCCGAACCUGGACUACUCCAGUGACACAGAGGCUACGAUUGGUCCACGAUCGAGCUACUACUACUACAACCGCCCCGCCAUCGCAAGCAUGCCAAGAGGAUCAGGUGGCGGCGGAGGAGGGGCAGCCGCCGCCGCAGCCAUGCUGGCAGCGGAUCAUCUUAACAAAUUCAACUCGUUGCCUCGCGAGCGACCCGGCGUCCGACUGCAGGGAAUGCGAUCGCGAAUCGGUGAUCGUCUAGUGGACGAAAACGAUGGCAAUACUUCGGCACCGGAGUUCGACGCGCGGCGGGGCAGGGAUCUGCGCCAAAGAAUCACUGCUAGCCCGUCGAUAUUCACGGCGGACGAGUACCGUGCUUGGCUGAGGAGGGCGCCGAGCAGCUCAGCCAUUGCGGAGCAAAUGCGGAUGACACGAGACAUGUUUGCCCAGCCACGGGCACAGAGGUUCUCGUGCAGUGCCGAAAAUAUUCACGAUGUGCUUAGAAACACGGAAAGCAUCUACUCGAGCAGGAACCACAUCCUCGGCACCGGCACUUUAGAUCGCAAUAUGGGCCUCACCCGCCCUAUCUCGGCGCUGCCAGUGAGAUCUAUGUCCUCGCAGCAUAUCGGAGGCGCAGGUUCCAUCCGCUCGCCCAGCAUACGCCGCAUGCGGCAGUUACUGGAGCUCUCCGCUGGACCGGCCAGUCCUAGUGGCAGCAUAAUGAGCACUGGGGGCCACCAAAGUCCUGCACCUACACCAAGUGCUACGCUGCCGCGUCCCCAUCGCCAGAUCGACAUCAAUCCGGCGGAGUUUGCGAAGUACAAGCUGGACAAGCCCAUUGUAGACAUGGGAGGUGUCUCCGGCAUGCUAUGGAUUCACCUUCUUGCUGGUCGCGGCCUGAGAACAGCUCCAGAAGGAGUAGGUCCCGGAGGAGCAGCACCACCGGGACAAACUCGAGAUCUCUACUGCGUUAUUGAGUGCGACCGCGUGCACAAGGCUCGCACGGUAGUGCGAUCUGGUGACCUGCAGUUCGACUGGGACGAGUCCUUCGAGCUGGACUUAGUGGGCAACAAACAGCUCGACGUGCUGGUUUACUCCUGGGACCCGCAGCACAGGCACAAACUGUGCUACCGCGGGGCCAUUUCACUAUCAGCCAUUCUGAGGCAGUCUCCCUUGCAUCAGCUGGCUCUCAAGGUGGAGCCCAGAGGCACUAUCUACAUCCGAAUGCGUCACACGGAUCCCCUGGCCCUCUACAAGCGUCGCGGACUGCCCAGCUUACGGGCCGGUUACCCGACCCUAUUCGGAGCUGACCUCGAGUCAGUGGUGAAUCGAGAGUCUAAGGGUGCGCCCGGCUGUGCACCAGUACCCAUCGUUCUGCGGCGAUGCGUGGAGGAGGUGGAACGUCGGGGGCUUGACAUAAUCGGGCUGUACCGACUGUGCGGUUCUGCCACCAAGAAGCGACUGCUGCGCGAGGCCUUCGAGCGCAACAGCCGCGCAGUGGAAUUGAGCCCGGAGCAUGUUCCUGACAUCAACGUCAUCACCGGGGUGCUCAAGGACUACCUCAGGGAGCUUCCAGAGCCACUGUUCACUCGAUGUCUUUUCCAAAUGACGGUGGAUGCUUUGGCUGUCUGCCUGCCAGAUGACCCAGAGGGCAAUGCGAAACUGAUGCUUAGCAUCCUCGACUGUCUGCCGCGGGCAAACCGGGCCACGCUUGUGUUCCUGCUCGACCACUUGUCGCUGGUGGUGUCCAACUCGGAGCGGAACAAGAUGUCCGCCCAGGCGCUCGCCACAGUGAUGGGCCCCCCGCUGAUGCUGCAUUCGGCGAGUGCGCAACCGGGCGCUGACAUUGAUCAUGCCCAGCCGAUCGCGGUGCUGAAGUAUCUUCUCCAGAUCUGGCCGCAGCCGCAGGCGCAGCAUCAGCAGCUGGCGCAGCACAUGGCCGGCGCUACAGGGGCGAUGCUGUCCGGUAUGGCCACUGCCGGCAGCAUGAGCAAUAUGGCCGGCGUUGCUUCAGGUCGGCGCGGCGAGUCAACAGGGCAGCGUGGAAGCAAAGUCAGUGCGUUGCCAGCGGACAGACAGGCACUCCUUCUGCAGCAGCAGGCGCAGCUCAUGGCGGCGGGCAACCUACUGCGCUCGUCCACUUCGGUAACCAACAUACUCUCCCAAGGCCAUCCUCAGCUCUCAGCCACAGCCAACAGUCAUCUGUAUCAAUCAGUAGUGGGUCAGUUAGCUCAAUCGCAUCGAGCCUUGCAACAAGCGGUGCAACAGCCCUAUCAAUUGGGGGCCUCAGUGGUCUCAGCAAUUCCCGACCCAUCGCCACUGCCACUUCCCGGCACACCCUCCCCAGGCAGUAGUUCGGCCUCGACAGGAUCAGGCUCCGGAUCGGGAUCGGGAAAAAGCACGGAUACCAUCAAACGCGGCGCCUCGCCCGUCUCCGUGAAGCAAGUCAAAAUCAUCGACCAGCCGGCCAGCCCUUACUCCAUCGUGCAGAAGAAGCCUCCCCUACAGAAGGACGCGCCUGUGGACAUCAUCACGCCCACCACCAGAUCGGAUACAGCCUCAAGUUUGGCUAGUAAGGAAAACGGAGGGUCAAUCACCCUUAAGUCAAACGUAGAAUUUUAUGAAACGCACAAGACACUGGCUCCAGAGGCAGCCGCAUACAGCUCCAAAUACUCUAGUCUGGAGGCCAAAAAGAGCAGCUACGGGAGCAGCAGCUACACACCAAGCAAGUCUGCCGGCAAUGGCCUCUCCGCUGCCGAUGACUAUAAAGCUAUGAGGAACAAGUCAAGUGCCACUUCGAGCUCCAGCUCCUCCCAGGCAACUGUGCUUAGUGCGGGGUCCACGGCCACAUCGGCUCCGACAACCUCCUCCGAUGACUCGGAUGACUUAGUGUCCUACAAGUCCUCAGCUUCCACGAACGCCCUGCUCGCCCAAUCGCAGGCUAUGACCACCAGUCAGCUGAUGUCCAAGUAUCUCAAGCGGGAACCGCGGGUGCAAUUUACUCCGAUCAAGUCUCCAGACUCGCCGUCGCCGCCAGGAGGUGGCGAUGGUCUACCCAAGGGAACAUACCAGCUAGUAACACCCACAUCAAGUGGUCCAUCUACCAAGCCGGGAGUAACCACAGGAGCGAUUAGCAAGUACACCACUAGCACUAACUCGACGGACUCGAGCCAAAAGAUGUCCUCCCCCUCACGACUGUCCAGUGCUAAGGAUGCCAAAACUACCACAGGCUCUACCACAGGCUCUACCACCACCACCUCCUCAUCCUUGGUGUCCACAGGAAGGAGACUAUUCGACAGUCUUGCCUCCUCCUCGUCCUCGGAGACGGAGACCAAGACCUACAUUGGAGGCACCGCAAGCGACAUAAGGAGCGCAGUAAGCAGUAGUAGUAAGUCGGGAAUGGGAACGACCUCAGGCCCUGGCUCCGAGCCGAAAAGUUACGGAAGCACGCUCUUCGGGAGCAGCGGUUUAGGGAACGGAAACCACUCCAGCACCACCACCAAAGGGAACGGAAACCACAAUGCCAUGCAUCUGUAUGGAACUCUUCCCAAAAAUGGAAUUUCCACAGGGGCUGCUCUGUUCGGGAGCUCGGCCAGUAGCUCCUCUUACCACUCAGGGGGAGCAAGUGGGGGUUCUAGUGGAGCAGGCACAGCUAGCAGCAGUGGCGUAAGCUCCAUGACGGGUUCCACCAACAGUUACGACUUUUAUACUAGCAGUUCGAACAGCAGUAGCACCCGUCCCUUUGCCAACGGCGGUAACAACUACCACACACUAGGAACCUACCGGGCGCAGUAUGCGGCCACUAAUCCGUUUCUGGACGCCUUCGAUGAGAAGCCAGGUUCCGGCAGUAGCAACGGAAAGGAGAAGAUAGCGGGGGACAAGAUAGGCGUAGCUAGUGCCCACCAGAGAGCCCCAGCAUUGUCGUCCUUCGGGUCCUCGUCGGGAGACUCGAAGAACGGAAGCGAUGAGUAUGACGACAUAAAGUGAGCCAAGACGAGUCAGGAGGCUCAGGGGGGUUAGGAGCGUCAGGAGGAAAGGCAAUAGAUAACUUCACCUAUGUGCUUCAUUAAACUCUAUUCAUUAUUGAUUAUCGCUAAAAUAAAAGGGAAAUCGAAUCCAAAACCCCCUAGAUUGCAGCUUUCGAGGCUCAAGUUUUCCAGCUUACAGAGGAGGCAGCAUACAGAAAAAAAAAAAUGGUUCAAGGGAGAAAAUAUUAUUUUACCAACAGCAUUUGUAAAUAAAGAAAACAUACAUUAGUGGAUGUAGGUAAGCGCGGAAAAGUCGUCGGAGUUAGAUGUCAUUCAAUGCUGAACGUGGUCUUUUCGAGUAUUUACAGUUUACAAAUUUACAAUAUGGGAAAGUAAAGCGAAUAAUCGAAUAUAAGUUUAUCACAACCGUUCUUAGUAAUCGACAUGCUACUAGAAACUAUAAGAGACAUGAUAUCCUAAUUACCUUUAUAAAGGAAACACCCAAUGGCAGAAUAUAUACAAAAUACUGAAUGAAUAUUUUCCAAAACCCAAUUGAAGCCUUGCGGCCAGCUUAUUUCAAUCCGAAUUCAACAAUAUUUACGAACAGUAUUUUUCAAUGAACUAAGCAUACAUAAUAAAUGAAUCUUGAAUCGAACUCAAUCGAAAACCCAAAAACUUAAUGCAUAAAUUAAAUACAAAAUUAAAUACAAAAGUACAUAUACUUAAAAAUAUACCAGAAGGUUGAACGCGCAUUUAUUUUUUUUCAAACAACACAACCGACAAUUUCUAUAUAUUUACUUAAAUGCCCUAGAAAAAGUAAUACUAUGCUGAUAUUUUUGAAACUCUCCAUCCUCAAGUGGAAUGAUGUAGAUAGAUAGAACCUCGGUUCCACGAAACAGACUCUUCUAGCCCGUGCUACGUCUGUGUUUCAUCCUGACCAACUUUCAAAUUUAUACUUCUUUUUACGUGUAUGCUAACUAGAUAUUGGACGUCCUUUUGAGCAAUGUAUUGCCAAAAUUGUUUCUCUACGCCUCCUAGACACAUCCAUGCCUAUAUACACCCUACAAAAAUAUAUCAGUCUCGCUAAGAGCGGCGUCGCGCCGAGCGGAACGAUCCGAAAGGCUCCGACUGAAGUCGGAGGGAACGCAGAUGCAUACAUGCUACAUACAAAUACAUGAAUUUAAUGACGAAUCGAUGUGCUUAGUUUUUGUAUGAAACAAAGUCUGAUAUACACACUAAUAUACAAACAGUACAGUAUAAUAUUUAUAGGCAUUUAAACAUAAAUAUACAAACAACAAAACAAAGACAAAACCGAUUAAAAAUUUAUAACAUAUAUAAAGUACUAAAAUAUUAAAAACUAUAUACAUAAAUGACGCUUUGCAACAAAGAUAAAUUUUGAGCAAUUAUGUUUGCAAAGCUUCUUGAAAUAAAUCACUAGUGUUCGUGCAACUGUUCUUAAUCCCAAGUAGCAUGACGUACACAUAUAUCUCUAAUCAUCAUAUUGGAUAACCCUGUUAACAAAUGCUAUGGUCCUGUAAAUACCCAACAUAAAGUUGUACCGACACAGUAAUCUGAAAUGCAUCUAGCAGUCGGGUCAACCUAGGUUCUAACGAUAGGCAAGCUUGGCAUGUAACAACCUGAUAACGAAAUAUUAUUUAAAUUUUGCCUGUGGGCACUGAUAAGAUAAAAGCUCUAAACGAAAAACUCCAAUUAUACUCCAAGAUACAGGUACAUACAAAAUUGGAGAUGCAGAUACCCCAGUUAUCCGUAACCACUAAGCAUAAUCAUUCGUCUUCAAACACAUACUUCCUUGGCAAGAACCACACUAGAGGUUAAUUAAGGUUCCAAGUGCAAGUUAAAGCUCAGAUUAAAACUCAGCAUCAAUUAUAACAGGGCUUACGCCAUACAUAAACAUAGCCAAGAUCGCGCCUUAUUUGAUUUUAAUAUAGAUUGAGAUUUCCAAAGAGCGUUGAGAUUUUAAAUAGCAAAUUUAUCGGUUAACUAUUGUCGUAUUUAUUUGAUGGGAAUCAAGAGCGUUAUACAUGAAUCUCGAAACCAAAGAUUUAUAAAACACAACUUAGGCAAAUGUGCAGAGUUGGGGCAAUUGAUUUUUAUAUAGUGAAUUGUUAAUUAUUGCAUAUAGAGAGAGUAGAGUUUUUAAUAUUUAGAGUGUCAACAUCAACAAAUGGGAGAUAGCAAAAGCAGAGUGUUCAUUUGUAGAGGUCUAGUUACCGCCUUAGCUGCCCUACCUGUUUAUUGAUUUUAGGAUUUAAAUGUCGUACUUACACCAAUGAAACGUCAAUGUUACUACAGCUAUCGCCUUCUUUUAAAAGUACAUAAAUAUAUAUAAAUACUCUGUAACACUUCCCAAACCAAUUACUUGAUUUGUUCUCCCCCAAAAGCUUUAAUCGUUCAACGACCCGAAGGUAACAAAUUCGAUACAUAUUCUAUACAUACUAGUAAUGAAUACGUCGUGGACUUCGACUCAUUUGCGAAUUGUUGUGGCUUCUUAGUCGUAGUUAGCUUACGCCUAAGACGUUGAUGCAGCAGGUGCAUGUGGUGACUGGGAAUCAGAGUUGAUGGUGGUCAGUUGGUGGUGGGGGAGUGAUGGCAUGGUGAAGGAAGAAGGAGGCUUUUGCCGCUUGUAACUGCUUUUACCGGGUAUGGUUCGAGACCCGACCGAUCCUGUUCGAUAUGUAUUUGUCCUUGUACUUAGAAAUCGUAAGCAUACACUAUGGAAUAUAUAUCACUGUGUCAUAUCGUACAUUUAAACCGCAGCAGAAGGUAAAUUGUUAUACAAAAAGUAUUCACAUAUAGGAAACGUAUGUAAACAGCCCAAAUAAUAGCGGCGAAGCAGAAACUAAUCAAUAAUAUCAAACAUAGUUAAUUAAACUAAACUAACUCGAUUGGCAUGCAACCACGUACUAAAAAUUGUAUAUGCAUUUAAUUUAGAGAAAAACUACGGAAUACGAUUUAUGUCACACAAAAAAAGAAACGAAACCCAAUCCAACCGAUGGAUUAGGACGCUAAUGGUAUGCUAGUUGGUUAGCAGUAGGGGACGGCGAAUGGAACUAUUUUACCGAAAUGUAUUGCACAAUAUCGAAACACUUAUUAAUAUUAGCGAACGUAACUAAAAACUUACAGAAAAUGGUAUGCAUUCGAACGGUAUCAAAACAAACUGACUCAUAUAGCAGGCACAGGACUAGCGAACUAGCCCAAACAUCUCUGAAGAAUCCUUUGGAAUACGUUUCCUUUUAAAUAUUUGAGGCGAUCCGUUACUAGAAUGUGUCAAUAAUAGUUUUGGAAGAAGCUUCUUUUCCUUCUCAGUUUCUAGGAGUUUUGAAAUCGCGAGGGGUUUCUGCGGGCCGAAUGUUUUACGUUUAUGCUUGGUUUAGUUGGAGAGUGUAUAUGCCUACGUCUAUACAUAUAUGCAUUGAAUGUGCCUAAACUAUUUUUUUGUUCUUCAUAAAACCAGACUCAGCUACCCUGUGUAUUCCUACUUUGAGAAUCCUUGACGCUUAAUGGGGAUUUUGUUAUUAAUGGUCUUUUCGAGCCAAAAUUUCAUCUGUCACACUUAACAAGUAAAUGGAGACCAAAUGCUCAGGGCUUUAGCGAGUUAUAGUAGUCUUAACAAUAUACAAAACCAAAAACACAAGGGGAAACCCACUUAAGAAUUAAGGGAAAAAACAUCAUGAGCAUGCUCCAUCAAACGUUAGGCAAUCGCGUUUUAGUUCAUACUUUAGCUCUUGUCACAACAAUAAUAAGAACAAUCCAGAGAACAAACUUACAAAAUCCAAGCAAUCAAUUUGUUGAAAAAGACUGAAAACGUAAUAAAACAAAAAGAUACGAGAACACUACGGGAAAAGAUACUGUAAAGAGAAUCCCUUUUGCAGACAGAGUUGUCAUUAAUUUCGAUAUAGUGGCGUCAGAUACAUAUAUUUCGAGAAUCCCCAGUCAUGAAAGUCUCAGAGUUUCCUUUUUUUCCUUUGCAACCAGUUAGAAAUGUUCAGUUUCAAACCUUUUAGCGCGUCAUUGAACUCUACCAAAAACGAUAUAAAAUCUUAAAGUAAUAGUGAAAUAUUAGCGGAAAUAAUACAAAAUAUUACCACCAGCAAUUUGCUACUUAAUUAAUAUGCAAGUUUAAUAUUCAAUGCUAUGAGCAAAAGUCUAACAAAUAGUUCAAAUCGUGUCGAGGCGAGAUACGAGUUUUCAUGUAGGAAAAACCAACAAAUACCCCAAAAAACUAUCACAAAAUUACUCCCGAUUGUAUUUUACAAAUUUGAAGUCACUUUCUAAGCCCACCAUUAAAGGAAGAAACCGAAUAAUAAUUAAACUAAC